CGUCACUGCCGGUCCUCACUCAUACCACGCUGGAAAGGCGAACAAGGCACCAGAGAGCCUGGUGACGAGCCUAAUAGAAGGGAUGACGACCGUUAGGGCCCAUCUACAAAUUUUCUUUCCGAUAGGCAUAUGAUCCAGUUCCGGACCGCUUCUCUGAUUGCGAAGCUCAAAACCUACCCCAUGGCACUACCACGGAACGGACUAAGUUUGGCCCUCACCAUUACGAUAAUCCAUCGAUGAGCGACUUCAAGCUAGCUAUCGAGACCUCCGAGUAUCAUGUUGAAGGGCCUCGUCCUGGGUUCUUUGGAAGGAUUUUGAAGGCAGAACCUGAGCGCGCGUUGUUGGAUGACCUGGCACGCAUGAACGAGACCGUGUUGGAUCCGGUGGUCGUUAAGAGGAUUGAGCGAAGGGUUGACUUGCUGGUUAUUCCUGCAUUGGCCGUUUGUUAUAUGUUUUACUAUAUCGAUAAGACGACGCUUUCGUAUGCUGCGAUCUUCGGGAUCAAGGAAGAUCUAGCUUUAGGGAAAACGGAAUAUCAAUGGCUAUCAAGUGUCUUCUACUUUGGCUGGCUGUUCUGGGCUUUCCCGACAAAUCUCCUUAUGCAGAAAUUUCCUAUCGCAAAAUACCUCGCUGUCAACAUUUUCUUCUGGGGCGUGCUUCUCAUGGCACAAGCAACAGCGAAGGACUUCAAAGACAUGAUGAUCCUGCGCAUUCUCUCUGGCGCGGCAGAGUCUACAGCUGACCCUGCCUUCGUUCUGAUCACCGGGCUGUGGUAUACACGUAGCCAGCAACCCAUCCGAAUCGGACUCUGGUAUAGCGCAAAUGGUAUUGGGAUCGCCCUCGGUGGGUUAUUGGGAUAUGCCAUUGGACAUAUCAAAGGUGCUCUUCCGUCGUGGCGCUACGAAUUUCUUAUCAUCGGAGCGCUCUGCUCGUUCUGGGCGAUCGUCAUGUUCACGUUUGUUCCUGAUUCUCCAUAUUACAAGUCACGGUGGUUCAAGGAUGAGGAUCGGCUUGUAGUUCUGAGUCGUAAGAGGGAUGAUCAAGCUGGUGCUGAUACUCACAGAGUGAAGCCUGAUCAGAUUGUCGAAGCGUUCUGCGAUCCCAAGAUUUAUCUCUUCUUCCUGCUCGGGUUUUCUUCAAACAUCCCGAAUGGCGGAAUUUCGAACUUCGGAACGCUCAUUAUACAAGGCUUCGGUUUCGACACACUCGAGACGAGUUUGAUGCAGAUCCCUUACGGUUUCUUCAUCUGCUUCUGUAUCCUAUUUUCUGUGUGGCUUAACACCAAAGCACCGAAGAAUAGCAGAACCCUCCUCAUGAUCGUCUUUCUCCUGCCUAACAUCAUUGGUAGCUGUAUGAUGGCUUGGGGUCCCGCAACCUCAAAGCCUACGCGUUUGGUUGGGUACUGGUUGACUGGGUCGUAUAACGCUACGUUUGUCCUCGGAUUGUCACUUGUAUCCGGAAACGUCGGUGGUCAAACGAAGAAAGCUAUCGCCAAUGCGGCUGUCUUCCUAGGUCUAUGUACAGGAAACAUUGUCGGACCCUUUCUCUUCAAGACUUCAGAGGCACCAAAAUACACUACCGGCAUUGUAGGUAUGCUCGUCGCCAACAUCGUUGAAGUCUUUGUUAUUCUGGCCUUGAGGACCCUGUUCUUGACGUCGAAUAAGCGGAGAGACAGAAAGUUGGCGGAAGGAGGAGUCAAGUGCACAGCGAUAGUGGAUGAUAUAACGGAUUUUGCGAAUCCUGCGUUUAGAUAUUGAGAUGGCUGUAGGCCAUCAUUACUGUGUGCUUAUGGGUACAGAUGUGUUCUAUACAAUCUUAAUCCUUUCGGGUGAACGCAGACGCAUUGCUGUAACUUGCCGGCACCACCACGCUUACGAAUGUCUUAACUCGUACUGAAACAGCUCCGCGACCACCCAGCCUCUAUCGCGCCACGGUCCAUCGACAUCCUCAAAUACCAUUCUGUGGUAAGCGUGAAUCUUCAAUACCGUGCGACCUAUUAAGUAGGGUGAUGUGACAUGGUGUGGGACUUGCUAUGUUCGAGAAUUCGGCCCGAGGUCCGGGUCCAGCG